CCGGGGACCCGGUCCCCCGUCUCGCCUCCCCCUGUCCAGCAGUCCGCAGCCUCCCCCUCCAGCCCCAGUGGCGGGAGCUGUCAAGCCCGCAGCAGCCGAACCACCCCCCGAGCGUCCGCGUCUCUUCUUCCUUUGUGUGUGUGCGAGCGGAGUUGGGGCGGAGGGAGAAGGGGGAGGUCGCUCUGUCUGUCCGUCUCCCGCCGCCUCUGCCCGGUCUACUCGAAGUGCGGCGGGAGAGGCGAGAGCCCAGGAGAGGGUGCGGGAGCUGGCGGGGCGGCUCGGAGCUGCCAGGACGCCCUGGUCCCAGCCGCGCACAGGGGAGCGCGGACGGCAGAGGGGCUCGGCGGGAGCCGAGAUCCGCCCGUCCCGGCUGCCCCUCGGCCUCCCUCUGCUCCCACCUACCCCCUGACACCCGGAGAAAAGCGUGCAAAGGCGCGGAGCGGGACGGAAACCACAAAUAAAUAGCGGCGGCGGCAGCGCGUCAUCUGGUGGAGCAGGAAGUGCAGGCAGAGUCCGGAGGCUGGUGCUUUCUGCGCGUCCCCAGGACUUUGCCAUGGGCUGGGGGCCGCGGAGGCUGCGAGCGGCCGGGCGAGGGCAGCGGCGGCGGCGCCCGCACCAGGGCUGAGCGAUCAGCGACGCGAGGGGCGUGCGGAGAUGGCAGCGUCCAGCAACUCCAGCCUGUCCGGCUCCUCGGUGUCCUCCGAUGCUGAAGAAUACCAGCCUCCAAUAUGGAAAUCAUACUUAUAUCAGUUACAGCAAGAGGCACCUCGUCCCAAGAGAAUCAUUUGUCCUCGGGAGGUGGAAAACAGACCAAAAUAUUAUGGAAGAGAGUUUCACGGGAUCAUCUCCCGGGAGCAGGCGGAUGAGCUUCUUGGAGGCGUGGAGGGUGCCUACAUCCUUAGAGAAAGCCAGCGGCAACCAGGAUGCUACACGCUGGCUCUCAGGUUUGGAAACCAGACCUUAAACUACAGGCUCUUCCAUGACGGGAAACACUUUGUGGGUGAGAAGAGGUUUGAGUCGAUUCACGAUCUGGUGACAGAUGGCUUGAUAACACUGUACAUAGAAACAAAAGCUGCCGAGUACAUUUCAAAAAUGACAACUAACCCCAUCUAUGAACACAUUGGAUAUGCCACCCUACUCAGAGAAAAAGUAUCCAGAAGGCUGAGCAGGUCUAAAAAUGAACCAAGAAAAACAAACGUCACACAUGAAGAACACACAGCGGUGGAAAAGAUCUCCUCCCUGGUUCGAAGGGCAGCCCUCACACACAACGACAACCACUUCAACUAUGAGAAGACACACAACUUUAAGGUCCACACGUUCCGAGGCCCACAUUGGUGUGAAUAUUGUGCCAAUUUCAUGUGGGGGCUCAUCGCCCAAGGGGUCCGGUGCUCAGACUGUGGAUUGAACGUACACAAACAGUGUUCCAAGCACGUUCCCAAUGACUGCCAACCUGAUCUCAAGAGGAUCAAGAAAGUGUACUGUUGUGACCUCACAACACUUGUGAAGGCUCACAACACUCAGAGACCCAUGGUGGUGGACAUAUGCAUUCGGGAAAUUGAAGCAAGAGGAUUAAAAUCGGAAGGCCUUUACAGAGUCUCUGGGUUCACUGAACACAUUGAAGAUGUCAAAAUGGCAUUUGACAGAGAUGGUGAAAAGGCCGAUAUAUCCGCCAAUGUCUAUCCAGACAUAAACAUCAUCACUGGAGCCCUUAAACUGUAUUUCAGAGACUUACCCAUCCCUGUCAUCACAUAUGAUACCUAUUCCAAAUUUAUAGAUGCAGCAAAAAUCUCCAAUGCAGAUGAGAGGCUGGAAGCUGUCCAUGAAGUGCUGAUGCUGCUGCCUCCUGCCCACUAUGAAACCCUCCGGUACCUAAUGAUCCACCUCAAAAAGGUUACUAUGAAUGAAAAAGACAAUUUCAUGAAUGCAGAAAAUCUGGGGAUUGUGUUUGGGCCCACUCUGAUGAGGCCCCCUGAGGACAGCACCCUUACCACCCUGCAUGAUAUGCGGUACCAAAAGCUGAUUGUGCAGAUUUUAAUAGAAAACGAAGAUGUUUUAUUCUAAUCCAUCAGGGAAAUGAGCUGAAUGGCCCCAGCCCCAUCCAAGUUGACAAAGCUAAAGGAAUAAAAACAUUUCUUACCACUUGAUUUGUUUUCCAAGCAAGUGCUAGAAUUUGCUGGACUGCAGAGGAUCGCCGAGUGGGGUACUGUGUCUCAUAGACAUGCACCACCUCCAGUGAGAACGAGGGUGAAGGUGAGGGAAGCCCCUCACCUUGGGUCUUUUGCUGUGCCUCCUAUGUAUGUCUGGUUUGCUGGAAGAGUGAUUAAUACAUCUUUAAUUUAUUAAAAAACAAUGUAGACAUUUAAACUUCAGUCUUAUUGGUAAUAAAAGGGAACUUAAUUCAUAAAGGUACUUGAUACAGUUAUACAUUUUCCACUUACAAAAAGAAGACAAUUCUGUUAAAUGAAACCUAUAUCGUAAAAUGUAUUUUUAUUUUAGCCACGAGAAUGUUAUUUUUAGCAAAUAGAACUCAAUGCAGUGCAUUGGUUAUUACCCUGUGUACCUUGUCCCUCAUUUUGCUGUGACACCCUGAAAAAGUUGACCACGAAUGCAGUAUUAUCUUGACAUACCUCUGUCCUCCUCAGUGCUUUUCAAUGAAAUUUCACCUGCCCCUUGUGUUCCUGCUUUUGAUAGUUUUUGCUCUUAAGCACUGGCAUUCUUCUAUUGUAUGGUGUAUAUUUAUAGCAAUUGUAGGAUGGUCUGAAAUGUCCACAAACUUUCUAUUCAUACAAAUUUUGUGAAUUCCCAAAGUAAAGUAUGCUUUGGAAUUGGUCAUAGUCUUUUCAUAUCAUGAGUGUGUAUCCCAGAAGAUACAGAAUGCGGUCAUUUUACCUGAAAUUAUUGAGAACACUGGAUGUAUCUGGUCUGUGUAAAAAGUUAGCACUUUCCCUCUUUUCUUCCCGGCGAAGCCCUCUGAAUUCAUCUGUUAAUAUCAAAUUGUAUUUUUGCCACAUUUCUGUAUUGGUGAAAAGCGAAUCUGCAGAAUAAUUGUCAAUGCUUUUCAUUUUUGUUUUAUGAAGCUAUUUUUUAAAGUGAGAAUAACGUUGGUUUUUACCAAAUAUUUGUUCCUCCUUGACAAAAGUAGCUCUGUGUGGAUAAUAUGAUUUUAUUACUACAGUUCCAUUCACUUGGUUAUAUUUAUCUUAGCAUGAGCCUUUCACACCAAGAUUUCUAUAUUUUGUAACAUAGGUGAAAUAUUUAAAACAUCAAAAACUGUAAAUCUAGAUUUUUAAAAAAUCCAACUACAAUGUCUUUUCCUUUGAUUGAGAUGAUUUGUGUAAACUCACCAGUCUUGCUUUGGAGUGAGCAGAAGAGAAUGACCGUUUUACGUGGAGCAUCAUCAUGUGACUGUUGACCUGGACAGUCCCAAGGGCUAUGCAGAUGGACUCCAUUGGCACACGGAGGUCAGAAUGGUUUGACCUCUUCCCUGCUAUUAUCCCUCCUCCCAACUGUACAGAUUUGUUUGUUGUAGUUUAUGUAAUGUACUUCUUGAUACUGUCAAAAAAUUAUCUGGAAAUGGUUUUAUUUUGUGAAGUGAACAAUACUUUGUAAUUUAUGAUAGUGUAAAUGGAAGGCAAAGCAUCACAUGUAUUAAAUUCUUCUGUCUAUUA